AAGAAAAAAAUGCGUUUCUUCUCUACUGCGAGAGACUGAGGGAGAGACUAGAGAGGGUGGGUGGUGUUUGCGCACAGUUCAGUGGUCGAAGCUCACAGCUAUGGCUCCCCGCGGAAGACCCAGAAAAAGGUCAACGAGAAUGGACGCAGCGCUUGAUGCAAUGCGGAAUCUAGGUUUUGAAGAGGAAGUUGUUACACGAACAGUGAAGGAGCUUCUCGAUAUAUAUGGAGACGAUGGUUGGCCAUUCAUUGAAGAGUAUGGGUACAAGGAGCUCAUUGAUGCAAUUCUUCGUGGUUCGGAGACAACAAAAGAUGAAAACAUGGAGGAGAAUGAUUCUAGACAAAAUGAAGUAGCUAACGUAAGGCCUGAAGAUGUAGCUGGAUCAUCUAACACUGCUUCAGGACAAAUAUGCUCUGAAGUUGGUGAUUUUGCACCAGAGGCUGAGAACACUAUUGUGAAAUCACCUUCUUCGAGUACUUGCAAUCCUGUGAAGAACACAGACAACAGAGGAGGUACUCCCCUUGCCAAUGAAGGUAUAAGUGGUUGGAAAAAAGUAGCAGAUUACCAGAGUAACCAGAUAACCUCGACUCAGAAAGAGAGAUGUAAUGAUAUCUGCAAUUCGAGUGGGAAUCCUGGGGCUGAAAUGAACUCUCAGAGCGCCCUUGCAGUCUUGACCCCAGUUGUGCCUUCUCCCCAGACACCCUUGAUUCAGAAGGACAAAUCCCAUGAUGAUCGCAAAAUGAAUUCGCAGAGUGCCUCUGCGGUUCACUUUUCACCUCCGACUUCAUCCCAGACACCAGUUGAUCCACAGCUGGUUACUCCUCAAUCAUCUCGUAGGCGUAGGCGUAUACCUUGUUAUGGCUGGAUUGAUAGUGACGAUGAAGAAGAGCCGGUUGAUUUGGUACACUUGACACCAGUGGAGCCUGCCAAACGACCAACACAAUUUGUUAGGAACAACUAUGGACCUAACCAGGUGAAGCACCAGUCAGAAUAGGAUGUAAAGCCCAGAA